GGCGGGUAAGCUUUAACAAUAUUGUGUAGUGUAAAUAACUGUUUUAUUGUUUUCAUUUUGGAUGGCAGAUUAGUGUGACCGUUCGGCGCAUGGUAACGGUAUUUAGCACUAUGAAUGUGGGUAAUGGGACUGGCGAAAAAUUUAGUUUUGCUUAUUGAAAACAAAAGAUAAACAUCAUAGAUUUAAUACAUAUGUUUAAUAAAAAGUGUUUUUGGAAAGGUGGUUAAAUGCGUAUUUGUGUAGUCUUUAAAUGAACAUAUUAUUCGGAAAUUGUGUCGGCAGUUGCGACCAAAUGCCUGGUCCGCCACCAGAUUUCAUUUUGUCGAUGCCACCGCCUCCAUUACCAUCGUUUUUGAUAUCCAAGCCAAAGCAUGUAGAGACCCUGUUGCCAUCUAACGAAUCUCAGCCAUGUUUUGCUGCAUUUAUGUGCGGCCAGAAUCAUCAGCAUAAUGAGAGCGGCAAUGCCCUGAUGGAACUGGUAAGGAGCGAUACAAAGAGCUUGGAGAACAUUUGGUUCUUUGUAUCAUCGUGCAUUGGCAUAUUUGUGCUUGGAUGUUUUUUGGCCUUAAUUGUGAUUAGAUGUAAGGACUCGUUUUUCUCCUAUCACGAUGCAAAUAUAAAGCAAACGGCCAUAAAUGCUUUGGGAGAUGCAACCAAAUCGAAUGCAUUCACAUCGGGCGGCAUACUAUAUCCCUGCGCUACGGCCAAUAGUCGGGAUUUGUUGCAAAGUCAACUGGUGAACGAUAGUCGCUUGCUCUGGGCUACUUUGACACCGCAUGGCACACGGCAUUUUGUGAUUGAAAACUCACAGGAUGGUGGACACUAUGAGUCUGUUGAUUAUCGUGGCAAAGCGCAUAAUCAGGUAUUUCGCGGUUACGCAAAACAUUCGCAGUCCUUUGUCAAGUCUUUUGAUAAUAAUGGAUUUGUCGAUUAUGAUUACGAAGAUCCAACUCCAUUAAUGGAAUCCUAUCACGAUGACAUGGACUCUGGAUAUCAAGAGCCACAUGAGAUUACGGGUUCGUUGAAAAGAUCGCCAAUGCGUACUCUUGGCACAUCGCCCAUUGGACAUGAGGCAGCAGCAUCGCAUUCAAAUUGUGGACCAAGUGUUAAUCCGAAUUCUCAGGCCAUAAACACACUAUCAAUUAGCCGUAAGACCACACUAUCCCGACGCAUCAGUGAUGCAUCUUCUCACAAUGGAACAUCGAUGUAAUGUUUACUCACUGAAUCACAAGAAUUGCGUUUUAUGUAAAUUAUUAACCAGAACCACUUGGAAUACAUAAGGAAAUUGAUGGAUUGGAUAGAUGGUAAUACCUAUGUAUGUGGGAAUUGAUAAUGAUGAUCGUUCUCGGCGUCCAAUAAUAUUAAUAAUAAUAACUACAGAAUCAGUAUAUACACAAAUACACACACACACAGAUGCUGCCAUUUUUUAGUAUUAGUUGUGGAUACAUAUCGUAAGUAUGUAUCGAAUGUUUUGUGAAACUAAAAAUGUUGAUUAAGGUCUAGAUCAGCUAAUUAACUGAAACUGCUAAAACAAAAACCAAACUAUUGAAUCGCUUAUAGUAUAUACUAACUACAAUAAUUACAUA